AUGAGACCAAAGACCCCCAAGAUCGAGGCGUCGCGCCCAUCAGCAUGGUGGCUGCGCCGGUAUUCUGGCCAAGGGACUCAUGCGCAGGCACUAAGUGGGCCCACGGAUCAACCCGCAGCCAGUCCGAGGGAGCUUCUGGCCAUCAUACCUGACAACCCUGGAGUCCUCAUGCAUCGAAUCGCCAUCCGGCCCCAACAUUCGCCCAACUUUGUUCGAUUGCACCAAGAGGGUUAUGUGACAUGGGCUGGUAAGUGGACACCUCCACUGCUCCACACAUAA